AUGUGGGAUCAUCUGGAGAGAAGAAGGGAAGUGAUGUCCUCCUCCUGGGCUUUGGCUGUGGUUGCUGCCAUGACUCUCUCUGAGCCGCCUUCAGACCAGCUCUCUGGCAAGCCCAGUGACUCUGACUUGGAAUGCUUAGAGGAAGAACCUGGAUACACUUCAAAGAAAGUAUCAGAAUUCUGUUGCAAAAUGUGUUCUAAAAAUUUGGUUUUUAAAAACAUUCUAGCUGUGGGUGACAUAGAAAAACAAAGUGGAUUACCAGAAGUGUUACGAUAUAGAGUAAGAGGGAAGCUGAAGAGUUUCAAGACUGUACAAGAAAAAAAAUCAUCUGAGAAACAUAAUUUUGAUACUAAAGAAUACCAAGAGAACCCUGAAGUGAUAACAGAGAAUGAAAUCUCCUUAGAUGAGGGCUUUAAAUUUUUCACUUCCUUAUUUGAACAACACCCAAAGCUGAAAGAAACAGAUCAGGAGAGUGAAAAGACUUCAUUGAAAGACAGUCAUCAAACCCCCUGUGAGCUGGAUGAAAAAAUCCUGCUACUUGACCAUGUGAAAGAAAUACUGGUGCCAGAAUUUCUUGAAGUAAAUCCUCCUGUAUAUGAAUGGAGUAAUAUAGAAAAGAAAAAGCAAUUGCAGUCACUUUUUGUGCCAAGCAGUUCCCCAGUUGUGCAGAGCUAUCAGCUACCAAUCAACAUGUUGCCACGACUCUUAGAAGAUGAAGGAUUUUACGUUCCAAAGAAGCCUUCUAUUUCCAGGAAAACAUACCACAGAAUGGAAAAUCGUCUUCUACAGCAAGUGGAGGGGAAAAGCUGGUUUGAAGAAAGUGGCGAAAUAAUUUCAUUACCUUCUCCAAUCAAGCAGUCAAGUAAUUGCAGAGUAUUCUUUCCUGUUAAGAUUGAUGCACAGUUAAAGACAACAUACAGGAAGCUUAGAGCUUUAAUACAUGCCACAAAGGUAGCAGAAAGUAAUUUAGAAACAAGUCAACUGAGCGCUAAAACCUUAGAGGAUUAUAGAUCACAAAUAAGAAAUACUAAAAAGUUGCAUGAUACAGAGCAUCAAAGAGAUAGUUAUUUAAAACAAAAUAUGUUGAAAGUGUGGAAGCAAAUAAAAUCUGUACGUCAGCAGCAAGGAUUUACCAGUACCACUGUCAAAAUGCAGUUUCAAAAGAUGACAACGAACUUUGAAUUAGAUGAAUAUACAUCUAAAAAAGUAGAAGAAUCUGAACAAGAGAUAAGGCAAAAAAGAGAAGAAAGUGUUACCAAUCCGUCAAACAAAAUUUCAGGGUGCCUGGAUCCAAUUCCUUCCUUUCAAAGUUCUAGAGACUUCAAAGGGAGAAAUGAACUACUUUUCAUACCGCAUCUUUCCUUCAUGACAGAAAUAACAGCCACGUGCAUGUGCCCCCUAAUUGAACAAAAAAGAAGAGAAAAAGUCAGAACACAGAAGUACUUUAUUAAAAUAUAUUACAACAAUAAAUUGGUGUCAUGUACAUCAGAAGCUUUUCUUCCACAGGACUUCAAAGUAAUAUUUCAUCAAAUUUUCAGAAUUCAAGUGUUAAGCUGGCCAGAAACUCUUAGAUUAGAGGUUUUCGAAUCAAACAAAAGGACAACUUUUUUGACAAAAGUGUACUUACCCCCUCCAAAUAACUUUAUAUUGAAAAGCAAAGAUGUUCUGGAUGAGGCAGAGUUUAGUUGUGAACAGCAAGUUCAGCCUUCAUAUGGGGCAGUAGGAAGCAAUGUAUCUUUUUUCCUUGAAGAAAAUGAAACAGAAGAAUUAUGUCUCCUGAUAUCGGGAAAAGUAAUGUAUUCUUUAUCUUGGGCAACGGAUGACAGAGGCUUUCCAUUAGCUCCUGCAUUUCUGCCUGGACAUACUGCCUGCAACAGUAUACAAAGAAAUAUAGAUGCAAGAGAAGGAACUGCAGUGUUGUGGCAUUCUGACAUGCAGAAACUUAUUGACUGGGCAAAACAAGUUAACAUUGAUCCUAAUGAUCCUGACUAUUCAGAUCUGAUUGAGCUAAUUAUGUGUGCAAAAUCCCAGGAGCAAAGCAUUUCAAAAUGCUUUCGUCUUGAACAGCUGCAAGAAGAAUUUAACUUCGUUACUACAGAAGGGAUUAGAAAAUGUAAACGUUUCCAGUUGUUGCAGUUGAGAAACUCAGGACAGUUAGAUUUCUUUCCUUUUCAGCAAAUUCCUCUAUAUGAAAGAGAGAUACCAGACACAGUCUUCCAGAAACAUGGAAGACAAUUAGAGGAGGACAGAUUGAUGACUGAUGUGGAUCCCAUUUCUGCACACAGGAAUAGUUCUGCCUGUUUUAUUAGAAAGAUGAGACAACGAAUUACAAAACAAAUCGUAAACAUUAGGCACAAAUAUAAUUUAUCAGAUAUAGUGAACAAUUAUGAAGAAAUUAUAUCUAUGAGCCAAUUGACUAGUGCGAUUUUCAAGCUUGGUGAACGCAGAAGACAUUUGAAGCCACAAAGGAAGGAGAGGCAGAAGGUCCCAGCACAGGCUGUCUCUGAUGGAGAUGUUAAACUUCUUGUCAGAAUAUUAAGAGCAUAUAAUAUUCCUGCAAGAAAGGCAGCAGCAACUAAGCUUGAAGUUGUCCAUUCACAAGAUUACUUACUGAAUCAUAUGUCCCGAAGCAGAUAUUUGUUAUCAGGGAAGUCAAACAAUACAGCUGAUCCUUUCACUGAGGUGGCUGUCCACCCUUUUGUUGAAGUUUCUUUCCAGAAAACAGUUUAUCAGACCAGCACUGCAGAUGGAUCUCACCCAUGUUGGAAUGAAGAACUACAAGUUGAUUUUAUCACUCCAGGGCAUGAUUAUACUUUUUCAGGGCUAUCUAAAAUCAAAGACAACAUAUACAUUAACAUUUUUGAUGAAUUUAUGAUGGAAAACCAUGAGGAUGCUUGUCCAAAGGGCUGCAGUGGUCACUCCUUUCUGAAAAAGAAUUGGCUUGGAUCAGUUAUGUUUCCUUUCUCUACUCUCCUGGAACAAUCAAAGAUCAGUGGUACAUUUCAAGUGAAUAUGCCACCAGUUUUGCUUGGAUAUACUUGGAGUAAGACAUAUGUAUCUCCUAAAGAAGAAUGUUACAAGCAGAAUUUGAAGGAAUAUACCUUUUUAACCAUCUUCGCAACUAUUGAACCUCAGCUAUCUUCUGCUGAAAAUAACACAGAAGCUGAUAAGCUUGCAGAUCAUGAAGAUGAAUUGCAUUUGCAAAAAGCAUACAUUUUUAAGAAAACAUGCAAGGCACUAUUUCCAAAGAGAAGAAUAAUUACCUCUGUUUUUAACAGUGAAGGAAGAAAUAUUUUAGUAACAAAAUAUAUUACCUCUCUGAAUCCACCACAGCUGUUACUAGAUAUGUAUUCUAAAGAUCCCAACUCAACUUCUGAUCUUAUAUCUCGAUUUGUGUCUUUAAUUCCUUGUAUAUCAGACACGGUAGAAGGAAACAAUGAUGUUGAUGUUUGGAUUACAGCAGAGCACUGUAUCAGUUUGGGUGUUGGUAAUAAAGAAGAGCAUGCUGUGCUUCUCUGUAACUAUCUUCUCUAUAUUGGGAAGAAAGCCUGGGUAUUGUUGGGAACUUCUGUGUUAGAAGGGAACGUGGCUUAUGUGGUAACACAGGAAAAUGGAGAAUAUUUUCUGUGGAAUCCCUUGAGUGGCCAGUGCUAUAAGCAGUAUGAUGCAUUUUGCCCCUUACAAAGUAUUGAUUGCUUAAUCAGUUGGGAAAAUGUCUGGUUCAAUAUACAACAGAACACUUCACCAAUGUAUGUUAGUUUUGAUAUUUCAAAGGAAAGCUUUUGGAAACCGUUUCUUCCCUACAAUUUUCAACAUUCAAAAGCACAUACUGUACAGCCAGAAGAAAUAUUGUAUGUUCCUACUAAUGAAAGCUUGGUAGAAGAGCUACAGAACAGGAUUGAAAAGACUUUAAAGAACAAAAUGAUGGAAUGGCGAUCCCAACAACCAACUCGCUGGCAUCGACAGUGUACCAGUAUCUUACGACAAAUUCUUCCUAAACUGGAAUUAAGAAGUGGACGCAUUGCUACAGAGAAAGAAGAAAUGGAUUUGGAUGCUCUCCUGGAACAUUAUUGGGUUACAGGCUUUCCAAUCCAGAUGCCGUAUCUAAAUGUACCAUCAGUAACUGAGGCUGUUUAUCAGACAGGAAUUCAUUCUUCAGCGGUUCCCAACACAGAAUUUGCCCUUGCUGUGCAUAUUCAUCCUUAUCCAAACAACAUAUUAUCUGUUUGGAUCUACUUAGUAUCUUUGGUUCGUCAUCAGUAA